UCUAGGGUUUCAGACUUCAGACUUCUUUCUCGCGGAGCUUCGUUCAGAACUUCACUGGGCAGCAAUGGUGAACGUUCCUAAAACAAAGAAGACAUACUGCAAGUCCAAGGAGUGCAAAAAGCACACCUUGCAUAAGGUAACACAAUACAAGAAAGGAAAAGAUAGCUUAGCUGCUCAGGGAAAGCGACGAUACGAUCGCAAGCAGUCUGGUUAUGGUGGACAAACUAAGCCGGUCUUCCACAAGAAGGCCAAAACAACAAAGAAGAUUGUGCUGAGGUUGCAAUGCCAGGCUUGCAAACAUGUUUCCCAGCACCCCAUCAAGAGAUGUAAGCAUUUUGAGAUCGGUGGCGACAAGAAGGGCAAAGGAACUUCCCUAUUCUAAAUGCUUAAGAUUGAAAUUAAAAUCGUACCUCGGUUGCUUAGAAUUUUUCAUUCCAAUGCUGCCUCAGACAUUUUGAGCUCAACUUUGUGUUCUUGAUACUUUUGAUUUAUGUAUAACUUUUCACAA